ACCGGUUCGCUGUCUAUCAAUCCUCAAUUCGUUUCUAAUUAAAAAUUCUAAUUAAAAAAGCUUUUAUAGACUAUACAUAAUAUACACCAAUUUAAAUCAGUUGAAUUUUGUUUUUGUUCAAAAUGUCGUGUUUAUUAUCUAAUAAAAUUAUUCAGCUGCAUUUUCCAACAAGUCAGCUGUGUUUUGUUAGGAAUUUAUCUGUGGAUGGAUUUCUCGCUCAGCAGACCCAGUUGGAAUUCGCAGGGACUUCAACGGCUCGAAUCGAUGAGAAAUGGCAACAGGCCAAAUCCUAUAGAGAAAUGCCAGGACCAAGCACCCUGCGCAUGUUAUCCUUUUUUAUGCCGGGAGGCGCCCUUCGCAACACAAAUUUGAUCCAGAUGAACCGUCGCAUGAGAGAAAUGUAUGGGGAUAUAUACUGUAUUCCUGGAAUGAUGGGUAAGCCCAAUGUUGUUUUUACCUACAAUCCAGAGGAUUUUGAGAUGACUUACCGCAACGAGGGAGUUUGGCCCAUUCGAAUUGGUCUGGAGAGUUUCAAUUAUUAUCGCAAAGUGCAUAGACCUGAUAUUUUCAAAGGAGUUGGCGGAUUGGUAUCUGAUCAAGGACAGGCCUGGGCUGAUGUACGCAAUAAAGUAAAUCCUGUGCUUAUGAAGGUGCAGAAUGUCAGGCAGAAUCUACCGCAACUGGAUCAAAUAUCAAAGGAGUUUAUCGACAAAUUGGAAACACUAAGGAAUCCGGAGAACCAUACCCUAAAUGCUGAUUUUCACAACGAGGUAAAGAUGUGGGCUUUUGAAUCUAUAAGUUUUGUGGCCAUAAAUACUCGAAUGGGAUUACUAACCGAUCAACCAGAUCCAAAUGCAGAUCGGCUGGCCAAGCACAUGGGUGAUUUCUUCAACUACAGCUUUAAGUACGAUGUACAGCCCUCAAUUUGGCCUUUUUAUAAAACUCCUGGCUUCAAAAAGUUCCUAAAAACCUACGACGAUAUCACCGAAAUUACCUCAAAUUAUAUUGAGACGGCGAUGAAAAGUUUUGGAAAAGAGGAAAAGCGCAAAACAAAGUGCGUUUUGGAGCAACUGCUGGAACUUAACAAACAGGUGGCUGUGGCAAUGGUUAUGGAUAUGCUAAUGGCUGGAAUUGAUACGACUUCUUCUGCUUGUCUUACGAUCCUCUACCACUUGGCUCGUAAUCCCUCCAAGCAAGAGAACUUGCGACGCGAACUUUUACGCGUAUUACCAGAUAAAAAGGGAUCCUUGACAGAUGGAAGUACCAAAAAUAUGCCUUACUUGAGGGCCUGCAUUAAAGAGGGCCUUCGCAUAACCUCCAUAACACCUGGAAACUUUAGGAUAACCACCAAGGAUCUAGUUUUAUCGGGAUAUCAAGUGCCUCGUGGCACAGGAGUUUUGAUGGGAGUCCUGGAGCUCUCCAAUAGCGAUGAAUACUUUGCCAAGAGUGCUGAUUUUAUACCCGAACGCUGGCUCAAAUCGGACUUAGCUUCCGAUAUUCAGGCUUGUCCAGAGAAACGAUCCAGGAAUCCUUUUGUAUAUCUUCCCUUUGGCUUUGGACCACGCACCUGUAUUGGCAAGAGGAUUGCGGAACUGGAGAUUGAAACUCUGUUGGUGCGACUUUUGAGGAACUACAAGAUCAGCUGGCUUCCCGAAACUCCGAUGCAAUAUGAAAGCACCAUUAUCCUUGCCCCCUGUGGAGAUAUUCGCUUUAAACUGGAACCAGUCGGUGAUACAUUGUGAUAUGUUUGCUAAGCUCAAUUACAGACUAGCGUUUAAGUUCAGAGA